AUGACGGCCGUACUUGUCACUGGUGCGACAGGGAAGCAGGGUGGCUCGCUUAUCAAGAGUCUCGUCGCCAGGAAAGCUCCGUUCGAGAUCCUCGCCGUCACGCGCAAUUCUCAAUCCUCCUCGGCUCAGCGACUGACGCAGUUGUCGUCAAACAUCAAACUGGUACAAGGGAAUUUAGAUGAUCCCGCAGGCAUCUUUCAGAAUGCACAAAAAGUCACGAAAACCCCUGUUUGGGGUGUCUUCAGUGUCCAGGUGGCCAUUGGCAAUGGAGCGUUAGAGGAGACACAAGGCAAAGCUUUGGUUGAUGAGGCCGUGAAACAAAAUGUGAAAUUCUUCAUCUACAGCUCUGUCGACCGGGGCGGAGAGGCAAGAUCUCCUAAAAAUCCAACCAAUAUCCCGCAUUUUAUCCACAAACACAACAUCGAGCAGCACUUGAUGGAAAAGAGCAAGAAUACUGGGAUGCAGUGGUUCAUUCUCCGCCCAACUGCAUUCUUCGAAAACCUUGUACCCGGAUUUUUCGGUAAGGUUUUUGCGACUUCCUACAGAUUGGCUCUGAAGGAAAAACCAUUGCAACUGGUGGCAACCAGCGAUAUUGGGUUCUUUGGUGCCGAGGGCUUCCUUCACCCAGAGAAAUAUGCAGGCAAGGGUCUCUCGUUAGCCGGCGACGAGUUAACCUAUGACCAAUUUGAGAAAAUAUUCCAGCGGAAAACAGGGCAAUCAGUUCCUGCUACUUUCGGAUUUCUUGCUUCCAUCAUCAUGAUUUCCAUGAAGGAUUUCGGAUACAUGCUCAAGUGGUUCCACGAUGAAGGUUACAAGGCGGAUAUUCCAGAGCUGAAAAGAAUGAACCCUGACCUGAAGGAUUUUGAGACGUGGUUGGAAAAGGAGAGCGAAUUCAAGCAACGUUGA